CGAAUGAGCCCAUGUGAGAAUACAACAGGAGAUUACCUUGAGGAUUCACUGUGAGUGAGAGGGUGCGACGAUGAUGUUUACACUUGACAGGCACAAAACGGAAAAACAACAAAAGAGAUGGAAGAGAGGUGCUAUACGCGUAGAAGAUACUGACGAAGAUGCCAACGAGAUUCGAGAGCUUUUGGUGAGAGGGGCUGACGCCAGUGUUGAUGUGCUGUAAACAAAGACACCUGAUCACCAUUGUGGAAUUAAUGCGUUACUUCCUGCCUCCUGCAUGCUGCGCCACCCCUCGCCUGCCUACUCGGAUGUUUCUGUUAUUAUGAGAGUCUCUGUGCAGAGGAUCUCCUGCUGAGUUCUUCCUUUCUGAAAGGCCAACUCCAAACCCCGAUUUUUUCCAUAGUUCAUGUCUGAAACGGGCUCAAAUUUCCCAUGGGUAUCAUUAAAGUGAUUCUGACUGCUGUGACUUUAGGUGAGGCAUUUACCAACUCUAUGUCUGAGAAUGACUUCAUCUCAGCCUCAAGUGGUGCACAGCUUAGCCUGUAAGUUGUUUCAUCCCUCAGUCAUGAGGCGCAGGGCUGAAUCCAUCCUUUUUGAAUUUGCUUGAAGGAGGACUUCAGAUUGAAUCGCCUCCUCCAGUGCUGCGCAGUGGAAAAACAAUCACUCUGGUGGGACCCUGAACAUCCUGACCAUAGGCCAGCCAAGGUCACGUUGAUGCUGGUGGGCAACCCCCAGUAUUCUCCCCGCCACCUCCUCCUGCAUCGCUCCCAUCUUCCCACCGGCCAUGGCUACGAGCAGUGACCCUGGCUGCGAGAGGCUCGACCCUGACUGUGCCGAACAGGCCGCCAGUCUCACGGACAUCAUGGCUGCCAUGACGACGAAAGAUUCAAGCGGUUCGACUGCCAACGGCGUGAGAAACGGUGGGGCUCAACAGGAGGGGGCUCAGGCCAAGAGGACUCAUCCGUUGCGGCCUCACCUGACUGGAAGGAAGCUGUCGCUGCAGGAGAGGGGCACUUAUCUGUCAUCAGGCUCUGGAGGAGGCUACACACACAUCUCCCCUCGUGUGGCUCGCAGGCCCACGGUGGAAUCCAAACGUGUGUCUAUAUCUGACUCUCAGGACUGCAUCCAGUUGAACCAGUAUAAGCUGAAGAGUGAGAUUGGAAAGGGCUCUUAUGGUGUGGUCAAACUUGCCUACAACGAGGACGAUGACAAAAAUUAUGCCAUGAAGGUGGUGUCCAAGAAGAAGUUAAUAAAGCAGUGUGGUUUUCCACGCCGCCCACCCCCAAGAGGACCCAAGGCAGCCCAAGGGGAGCAGCCCAAAAUCUUAGGACCCCUGGAGAGGGUCUACCAAGAGAUCGCCAUCCUUAAAAAACUGGACCACAUCAACAUUGUCAAAUUGGUGGAGGUGCUGGAUGAUCCUGCGGAGGACAACCUUCACAUGGUGUUUGAGCUGAUGCGUAAAGGUCCAGUGAUGGAAGUGCCCACAGACGAUGCUUUUUCAGAGGAGCAGGCGAGGUUAUACUUCAGAGACAUCAUCCUGGGUAUAGAGUACUUGCACUAUCAGAAGAUUGUCCACCGGGACAUCAAGCCCUCCAACUUGUUACUGGGGGACGACGGCCACGUGAAGAUAGCAGACUUCGGGGUCAGCAACCAGUUUGAGGGCAACGAUGCUUUGCUGUCUAGUACAGCCGGCACUCCAGCCUUCAUGGCCCCAGAGACGCUGUCAGACCAGCGCAAGAGCUUCAGUGGAAAAGCUCUGGACGUGUGGGCCAUGGGAGUCACUCUCUACUGUUUCGUCUUUGGAAAGUGUCCGUUUAUUGACGAGUACAUAUUGGCCUUGCACAACAAGAUCAGGACCAGGCCUGUGGAUUUCCCAGAAGUACCAAAGAUCAGUGAAGAGCUGCGGACUCUGAUCUUGCGGAUGCUGGACAAGAACCCAGACUCCAGGAUCACCAUCCCUGAGAUCAAGUUGGACCAGUGGGUGACCCAGGGAGGCAGUGACCCCUUGCCCCUGGAGGAGGAGCACUGCUCUGUGGUGGAGGUGACGGAGGAGGACAUCCAGAAUUCAGUCAAGUUUGUCCCCAGCCUCUCUGCAGUGAUCUUGGUGAAGGCCAUGCUGAGGAAGCGCUCCUUCAGUAACCCCUUCGAAUGCCCGAGCAGGAGAGAGGAGCGGUCCAUGUCCGCACCUGGCAGCCUGCUCAUGGACUCGUGGCCCUUCCGGCCCUCUUUAAAACUCCACCCCUCUCUCAGAAAGGGAAGCACAGGAGACGGACCCAGAGAGGGAGAGCUGGAGGACCUGCAUGAGGACGAGCCCUCGUCUUGAGUCUGCCGUCCACAGAACUCCGUCCUCUUUACAUCCCUGUGCUUGGGACUACUGUUCGCUCACCUCUCACACUCAGGCUUGCUUUGGUUUUUUGCUUCCAGUCGAUCCUUUCUUAUUCCCCCAGUUUCCUUCUUCACUGUGGAGUCCCCCGGCACUAAGUGUGAUCGUCUUACCUGCUCAACCACUAUCGGCGAUGCCAUGGAUAAACCAAUGAGAGGAGCUCUGAUCAUUUUCUGGAUCAAAGUAUUGUUGCAGAAAAAGACAAGGAAAUGUUUGUUCACUUGCAUUAAACUGAUUUGUGGUGGGGGGGACUUUUUUAACUGUAUGUAUGGUGAAUAUUUACGCCCCAUCAUCAGUCAUAGUCAACCCAUUGAAGAGACGAGGAACUCAUCACAGACUUCAGCAUGUAAAUGACACUAUAUCGUCUCUUCAGUGACGUACAGGGCUUUUGAUUUCUGAUCAGUGAUCGGCCAUUUUUAAUAUUGUACAAAGAUGUCUUAAAGUAACUUCAGUGUUCUCGUCUCACACCCUCGUUGUGUAUGUGCCAUCAGUAGGUUUUAUUUUGAAGGCCGAAGUACUUCCUGUGCUGAACUUCAUAGUCCCGGUUGGAUGUCUGAGGGAGACCACACACACCAGGCAGCGGCUUUGUUGGAACACAUUUCAGUGUGACGUUUCCUGCUGUCGAUGCGUGUGACUAUUAAUAUUCUGAUGAUCAUUUUUCUCUCCAAAUCUAUUGUGUUUAUCUGAUUUUGGUUCUCAAACACUGUUAUACUUAACUACAACACCACACACUCCUGUUUGAUGUGAGGUCAAAGUGACAGAGAAUAGAGCACUUCAAGGUGCAUGUUGUUUGAGGACGAGAGGGGACAGAAAGGGAUUAGGAACUGCCCUGACUCCAGUUUAUUCCAAUGGCUAAUUGUCCAGUUAGCGCUCACACAGAUGGAAUUAAAUCAACCUGUGCAGCAUCAUCCAGGUGAAGUGACUGUUCAGAAAUAUUUAGGGUGGGAGGGUGGGGAGGUCAUUAAGGUUAAUGUUAAUGUGGGGAGGGUAGUCAUAGUUGAGAAGGGUCUCUUUAUUAUUAACACCCCAAAUAUACUCUGUCAGUUCGUUGUGAGAAUGAUUUCAACAGAUUUAAUCAAAUAGUCACACAUGAUGGCUCUGGUGUUCACAGUCAUUACAGUAUGUUUAUCAUGUGCAGGACAACAACCUUAUUAUUAUGGCAUUAUUGUUCCAUAAAUAUACUUAAAUGGUAAAAUGAGAUCACACUUUAUUAUAUUUAUUCUUUUUCAGUUAUUAACGGUGAUACCCACCCAGUACUAUACAAGGUGUUGGUGGAGGGUGUUGCAGGUUUUCGUUUGUGUAAGUUGGGGUCCACACAACAAGGCUGGGGACAGUUUUAAGAUGUAACCCCCCCCUCCCCACUCUGGUACUCUUUGCACAGUCCCUAUAUUAGUUUGCCUGGGCCAGUCAAGUUUAUAGAGCUGGGAAAUGUUGGGCUAAUGGGAUAGUCUCCUCAUGCAAGCCCCUUGUUUGCCAUUCGAGUUGGUUGGCUGACUCUAAGGGUUAGUUGUGGUUGUUUAGUCGGAGCCCGACUCAACCCAGCUGAGGACAUUUCUGCCUCCACAGCAGCUCUGCCUCAGAUAACCCAUUUGUAUUAUUUAUAUAACUCAAUUGCCCCCCUUUUUUUUUUUUUUUGCUGGUCUUGCACAUACCCCUUGGGGAAAAAGACAGAUUUUGGAUCUAAACACUCGAACUACAGUGAGAAAGGAGCAUCUCAAUGUUAUGAUUAGGUCCAGGCUGCCAACAAUAACAGCAGCAGCAACAAGCUGAUCGGAAACAGGCAGCCCAGCACUUCACUUUCCCUCUCUUAGCCUGGUUCUCGGUAGCCUCCAGUGGCGUGGUGCGGUCUGAACGGGAAAGUAUUUCACGUGAUGUUAGCGUCCAUGUUUCUGGGUUUGUGCUCAUAGAGACAGUGACGUAAUUACAAAAUCAAAAAUCACGUGGCUCCUGGGGAAUGUAGAUCUUUAUAUAAUUUUUUACUUUUAUUGUUCAGGAAAACAGUUGAUGCAUGCAUAUCAUUGUCUAAAAUGUCUUUGUGUGACUUUGUGUCUGAGGAUUGUGCUCCUCUUUUGUGUUUUCCUGUCUGUGCUGAGGAUCAGGGGCAGUGAGUGACAGCAGGGAGGUGUGUUUGCAGAGUAACCUUCAAUGAAGGGCUGAUCGAACCAAAAAGUAAAAAAUGUUGAAAUGUCUGUUUUAUUUGCUUUAAUGCUGUGUAACACUUUUCUUUUUUAUUUAUUUUUUUACGUAGGUGUGUCCAGCUUUACAUUGUGUGUGUGUUAGAGGUGCAUUAUAAAUAAUGUUGUCGUCUUAAUCAUCUGUGCAUUAUUGGCUCAUGUCAGAGGACUCCGGCCAAUCAUCCUUUUGUGCAUGCUUUAGUUGUUCUUGCUAAAACAUCACUUAUAUUUAAAUGUUUGCACUUUUCCCACUUACACAUACAUGUUGAAAUUACUGCUUCUACUGGCGCCUGCCAGCCACGACACACUGUACAGUUAUUAAUCCAGAGAAAAAACUGUGUUCACCUGUAAAAGACCAUAUUUACUGUGUAUUUGUAUGCUCUCAUACUCUCCUGUGCUCUUUGAUGCAUCACUCUCUGCAUGUCACAGAGCUGCUGCUUGGUUUUUGAGAAUUUUUACAAAAUGAAACUCAAAAUAUGUUUCUGAAACUUCUUCUCCUGCCUGCGCUGAAAUGGCUGCAGCAACUUGACUGGUUUUGAAUAAACUGGUUUUGGUUUGCAUAUCUGCAUGAUGACAGAAUUGUGAAAGUUGUUCAACUCUGGGGCUCUCUGGGUUUUACUUCUGAAAUGAUGCAUAACACCAAAGUACUGUAUGAGCCAGGUUCAGAGCUCAGGAGCAGUCUUCUCAAUCACCCAGCCAACAAUUAUUUUAUCAUAUAUUAAUUAAUACCUCAAAUAUCAUGAAUCACAAUUUGAGGAAAUUUAAACAAGAAGACAAUGAUUUUUUUUGUAACCAUUUAUAAUGCCUUUUAAUUUGUUUGCAUUCAUUCCUGAACUGAAAUAUAUGAGCAAAAAAGUUUUUCACCUUAA